AUGGAGCAUCCAGGUCCCAGCCUCAAUCAGGCACUCCGAGCGCCUAGACUACAAGAAGAGUUGCAGACAGCACAAGCUCUCUGCCUGGAUCUGGACGAUUUCCGUCAGCUGCAGCCUGUAUGGGUCAAGGGGCGCAUGGAAGAGUCCGGUCAUGAGGAUGCCGAGAAGCGUUCGCUGAUAGCCACGGCCAUCUUCCUGGGCACAGCGCAGGCAUGCCUGAAGGGCUGCUACAUCACAGCGACUGCCCAGAAGGUGGAGUGUGGACAUCUGGUCAGACCUAUAUCCUGCGUGCAUCCUCCAACGAGCAUGCCAUCUGCCAGCUUGCUAAAGGCAUCGGGCCAGAUGCAGCAGAUCUCCGGCGCUCGUUGCUGUGAUCCGUUGGAUGUGGCUUUGCAGCUUGCGAAAUUGCCACACUGCCGGCGGGUAGCAGUCUUGAGAUGCACGCCCUUUGAAGCUCCUCGGAGUCUUCAGCGGAAGUACAGUCACAUUUACGAGGACCAAGUCUUCCUGCGAACAACCUACUUUGAGGCUUUUGAGCGUUUGGCGCGAGAUCUCCCCCUUCCGCCAGACGAAGCGAUCAAGGAGGGCUGCGUUGUGUACACCUCGGGAGUUGGCGUUCUACGUGGUCCAUUGAAGGAUGGGGUGCCAUGGCUGGAGCAGCCUCCCCAGGUGGAUGUGGUUUGGUUCGGCUUACCUGCCCACCCUGAGAUCGGGGAACAGGAAACUUAUGCCCGAGAAGAGGAUGGCAAACUGGUCAAAGCGGCUUUGGAUCGGGCAUUUUCAUGGGCUUGUGUCCAUGGUGCUGAUGCCAUUGUGAUGCCAGCAAUGAGCGGCUUGGGCAGUUUCCGACACCCGAGGCUUCACUUUGGGGGGCUGGUGCAUGAGGUUGCUCGCAUGCACCAGCGCCACCUCCCCAUCGUGUGCGUGGCUUCAGACGCUCCCGCUCAUCGAGGGGAAUGGUGGCCACCCUUCGAAGAAGCUGUGACGAAAGGGCGCCCAGUGCCUCCGCCCCUCGUGCACGUUCCACCGAUCCCAUUGAUGAAUGACCGCCUGGUUGGCAAGGACAGUUCAACCUUACUGGAAAAGCGCCGUAAGCAACUGGGUGUUUGGUCCAUUCAUGGCCGCACCUUUCGCAAUGCAUUCAUUUGA